AUGUAAAAUUUUUUCAUGCAUUUUUUAUGUAGUUUUAGUUAGGUUAUAAUUUAACUCAAGUACUUGUUUUAAGGUCGUUUAUUGCUGUAACAAAUAACCAUAUAACUAUAUUGCGAUAAUGGAUGUGUUAAAUUCUUGCCGCUGCUGCCUGCAGGCCGCCGGGGACAUAGACUUAACGAUACCGAACACACAUCUCGGUAGAACCGAGAUAUACACGGACAUGCUUAAAAACUGUUUCCAUUUGCACUUGACACACAUGAGUAAUGGUUCAUGUGGGAUCUGCUUGACAUGUGUGGGGCGCCUGCGAGACGCAAGUGACUUCAAGCUACAAGUGCAGCGCUGUCAGGGAGAACUACAGUCACAGCUACAGGGCAUAGGCCAUGUUAAUAGUGGAAAUGUUGUAAUCAAAACAGAGAAGGUGGUAAAUCAUGACUCAGAGGAGGAGAAUGCGUCACACGAAGAUUAUUUAGUCAAGUCAGAGCGUUCGGAUGGUGUCGAGACGUGUAAUGAGGACGACACAUCGUCUCUAUUGGACCCGUUGGGCGGCGCAGUUGGAGCGGGAACGGAGCCGGCAGCGGCUGUAACCCGUUACGAGACGCUCAGCCCCUCGAGUCCCGCGAGCGACGUGUCCGACACCGGUGAGGCCCACACCGGGGACGAAACGUACACCAGCGACAGAAACGAAGAUUCUUUACUCAAGUUGAAGCGUUCGGAUGGACGGGUGGAUGUUGAAACGUCCAAUGAGAACGACAUGUCGCCACGAUCGGACCUGUUAGGUGGCGCAACUGGCGAGAAUACGGAGCCGGCAGCGGCUGCGUCCCGUGACGAGAAAUUCAGCCCCUCGAGUCACGCGACCGACGUGUCCGACACCGGUGAGGCCCACUCCGGGGACGAAGCGUACACCAGCGACACUUCUAAAGAACAAGAAAGACAUAUCGGCCAACAGCGUUAUCCGUGCGAUUUAUGCGAUAAAGACUUCGUAAACAAGUCAGCUUUGAAGCGACAUCAGCGAGUAAUUCACGCAACAGAAAAAAUGUACACUUGUGAUAAAUGCAAGAAGAAAUUUACACAAAAAGAGUACUUAGAUAAACAUAAAUGCCCUUACAGCGGAGAAGAGCCGUUCGGUUGUAAUAUUUGUGGGAAGAAAUUCACGAAGAAAGGUUAUUUAAUUAUACACAAAGUAAGCCACAACGGAGAGAAACCAUACAAAUGUGAAAAAUGUAACAGGAGAUUUGCACGCAAAUGUUUUUUGCAACAACAUGAAACAACUCCAUGUGUGGAAAAUUCAUUUACCUGCGAUGUGUGUAAAAAGCAAUUUAAUAAAAAAAACACACUCAAAAAGCAUAUAUUAAGUCACACUGGAGUAAAACCAUAUGGCUGUAACGAGUGUGAUAAAAGAUUUUCAGUAAAAUAUAAUUUGAACGCACAUAAGAGAAUGCAUACUGGAGAAAAAUACAGCUGUGAAGUUUGUGAUAAACAAUUUCUUACUCAAAACAGCUUGUCAAGACAUAAAAUAACUCAUACAGGGCAAAAGUACGAAUGUACAAUAUGUAACAAACAAUUUACUCAGAAUUAUACUCUAAAGGCACAUCAAAAAAUACACACUGGAGAAAAGGUGGCCAAAAAGCCUAAGACACGUUCCUACACUUGUAAAGAUUGUAACAAGUGUUUUUCGAAGGCGGAAUUAGACAGACAUGCGAGAAUACAUACUGGCGAGAGGCCUUUUGCCUGUGAAGCGUGUCAGAAGAAAUUUAAGCAAAAAUGUACAUUAUUGAGACAUAUGGAUACAGUAUGUGUGAAGCAUUUUACAUCAUAAAAUUAUUUAGAGUUAUAUGCAAGAAUUGACUUUUUGCCUUUGAAUUAUAUUCUAAGAAAUUUAAAAAUACCUAAGAAAAUUUAUGUUACUGUAUUUUUAAUGUUAAAUCACAAAUACUACUUAGGUAUUUCUAGAGUCAGUUAUAUCGGGUUAUAUCUGAAAUACGAAAACGAUGAUGAUGAUAGUGGUUUUGGCAGAAUACCGAAUAUUCGGCGCCUUUCUCGGCCGAAGCGCCGGAUAUUCAGCAUUGUAAGCGAACAUUUUGAGUCACAAUUAUUAUAAAAACUGUUCGCCAACAAAGCACAACGUUUUCUAAGAUAUAAUUAUUACUUUUUGUUGAACAGAUUUAAUUAAUGUAGUUUAUAGAGUCAAUCAAAUCAGACCCAUGUAAAAAAUAAAAUAUUUUGUAAUCAACAAAUUCUGAGAAAAGGGUAGGUAUUCGUAUUUAUAAGCUUUCCAAGAAUACAUUUUAAAUAUACCUA